AUGCUGCUAGAUGCGGGGCCGCAGUUCCCCGCGCUGGGAGUGGGCACGUUCGCCCGGCACCCGCCCCCGUCGGCGGCGGAGAUGCAAGAGCGCGAACUGAGCCUGCAGAACAGCUUCGUGGACUCGGCGGCGGCGGCGGCGGCGGCUCACCUGGGGGCCUUUAAGCUCAACGCGGCGGCAGCGGCGGCGGCUCACGAGCUCUCCCCGGGGCAAGGCUCGGCUUUCAGCUCGCAGGCGCCGGCUUACCCGCACGCCGCCCAUGUCGGUUCCUACUCCGGGCCGCCUUUCAACUCCCCGCGGGACUUCUUGUUUCGGAGCAGAGGCUUCGGGGAGCCGACGGCGGGCGGCGGCGGACAGCACGGGCUUUUUGGGGCGGCGGCAGCGGCGGCCACCGGCAGCCUCCACCAUCCUCACGCGGAGGCGCAGAGCCACCUGCUCUUCCCGGGCAUCGGAGAUCAGCAUGGCGCUCCCGGUUCCCCCAACGUACUCAACGGGCAGAUGCGCUUGGGCUUACCCGGAGAAGUCUUCGGUCGGUCGGAUCAGUACCGGCAGGUGUCCAGUCCCCGAACUGAUCCUUAUUCGGCGGCCCAGCUGCACGGCCAAUACGGCCCCAUGAAUAUGAACAUGGGCAUGAACAUGGCGGCACACCACGCUCACCACCCGCACGCCCACCCGCACGCCCACCACCAUCACCACCACCACCACCACCACCCCGGGGCCUUCUUCCGCUACAUGCGCCAGCAGUGCAUCAAGCAGGAGCUGAUCUGCAAGUGGAUCGACCCGGAGCAGCUCAGCAGCCCCAAAAAGAGUUGCAAUAAAACUUUCAGCACCAUGCACGAGCUGGUCACCCACGUCUCCGUCGAGCACGUCGGGGGUCCUGAGCAGAGCAACCACAUCUGCUUCUGGGAGGAGUGUCCGCGCGAAGGGAAGCCCUUCAAGGCCAAGUACAAGCUGGUCAACCACAUCCGCGUGCACACGGGCGAGAAGCCUUUCCCCUGCCCCUUCCCGGGAUGCGGCAAGGUCUUCGCCCGCUCCGAGAACCUCAAGAUCCAUAAAAGGACGCACACAGGGGAAAAGCCCUUCCAGUGUGAGUUCGAAGGCUGUGACAGGCGCUUUGCCAACAGCAGCGACCGGAAGAAGCACAUGCACGUCCACACUUCGGACAAACCCUACUUGUGCAAAAUGUGUGACAAAUCUUACACCCACCCCAGCUCUCUGCGGAAACACAUGAAGGUCCAUGAAUCUUCCCCACAAGGCUCCGACUCCUCGCCUGCUGCCAGCUCUGGCUACGAAUCCUCCACCCCUCCCGGUUUGGUGUCCCCCAGCACAGAGACCCAAAGUACGGCCGCCUCCAACUUGUCUCCGGCAGCUGCUGCGGCAGCCGCCGCCGCAGCAGCGGUGGCGGCGUCUGCAGUUCAUCGGAGCAGUAGCAGCAGCGGCACGGGUGGCUCGGGCGGCGGCGGCGGCGGCGGCGGCGGCGGAGGGAGCCACAGUAGCCUCACCUCCAAUUUCAACGAGUGGUACGUCUGA